AAUUUGUUGUACUUGGUACAGAAAUAUAAAAAGUACACAAGCUAUAAAUUUCAUACAUUCACGUGAUUUUUCUAUAGACAUGCCAAGAGCCUCUAAUAAUAACCAACAUGAGCUUGACAAUAAUCGGCAUAAAAAAAUUCUCGCUGCACUUAAUGAGCAUAAAAAUGACUCUAACAAAAGU